AGGGGGGCGGGGGGUGGAGGAAGCGGAAAGCCUCCGAGUCGCCGGGGACCUCCGGGGUGAACCAUGUUGAGUCCUGCCAACGGGGAGCAGAUCCACCUGGUGAACUAUGUGGAGGAUUACCUGGACUCUAUCGAGUCACUGCCUUUCGACCUGCAGAGGAACGUCUCGCUGAUGCGGGAGAUCGACGCCAAAUACCAAGAGGUCCUGAAGGAACUGGAUGACUACUAUGAGAAGUUCAAACGCGAGACGGACGGUGCCCAGAAGAGGCGGGUGCUGCACUGCAUCCAGAGGGCCCUGAUCCGCAGCCAGGAGCUGGGCGACGAGAAGAUCCAGAUCGUGAGCCAGAUGGUGGAGCUGGUGGAGAACCGCAGCAGGCAGGUGGACAGCCAUGUGGAGCUCUUCGAAGCACACCAGGAGAUCAGUGACAGCACCGGUGGCAGCGGCAAGGCAGGUCAGGACAAGUCCAAGAGUGAGACGAUCACGCAGGCAGAUAAGCCGAAUAACAAGCGGUCCCGGAGGCAGCGAAACAAUGAGAACCGAGAGAACGCAUCCAAUAAUCACGACCACGAUGACAUCACCUCAGGAACGCCCAAGGAGAAGAAAGCAAAAACCUCAAAGAAGAAGAAACGCUCCAAGGCCAAAGCAGAGAGGGAGGCGUCUCCUGCAGAGCUUCCCAUCGACCCCAACGAGCCCACGUACUGUCUGUGCAACCAGGUCUCCUACGGGGAGAUGAUCGGCUGCGACAAUGACGAGUGCCCCAUCGAGUGGUUCCACUUCUCCUGCGUGGGACUCAACCAUAAACCAAAGGGCAAGUGGUACUGCCCCAAGUGCCGGGGGGAGAACGAAAAGACAAUGGACAAAGCCCUGGAGAAGUCCAAGAAGGAAAGAGCGUACAGCAGGUAGUCUGAGGGCAGUGGCUCGAGCAAACCCACCAGUGUAUUUAUGAUGCUGCUGCCUUUUCGGGGCCAGGACGGUCAGAUGAGUAUUUUUAAAGAAGGGUGGCAGAAGCAGCCUGUGUCUCCGUGGUGUACCUUGUGACCAGAGUGGGCCUGCAGAGCAGCGUUUUAGAAACUACAAAUUGUGGUUUCAAUUAAACAUGUCAGCAAGUGUCAGACUGAUUUUGGGGUUGGGGAAUGACCUGGAAGUAAUAUAACACAUGUAUAAAGAAGAGAUUUAAUCUGGCUGUCUUAACAAAAAGGUAUGGUUUACAAAAAAAAAAAAUGAAUAAUUAGCCAAGUUGCUGAAUACAGCAAGUGUGCUUCUUACUACCAUAAUGUAAAUCCAUGUGACAAGUUGGUCAAAGGUUUAAAGUCUAAAUAUUAUUUUUUAAAAAGGUAAAUGGUAAAUUUUACAUGACAUAUUUUAUACAUGGCCUAUUCCCCAACUGGCCGUUUUUAAUGCCUGGGUACAUUUUUAAUAGGUCAGACACAAGUGGUCCAGGCAGCGGGUCCGAGUCUUGCCGUUGCUGCCCCAGGUCGUAGCGUACCCACCUUUACCUUAUAUGAAGUGUAUAAAUGCACGUUUACCAGCCAUCUUGCCCCUGCUGUAUUAUAACCGGAAGUGCAGCCCGGUGCUGUUGCGAAGCCAAGGUGCGCGUCCUGCUGCGUGUGCGCUGUGUAGAUGCUGCGUCAAGAAACAAAUGAAACUUGGCCAGUUUGUUUCUUUAGCAUUUAAUUUUAACAUAAAUCAUUUUAAAUUUUUUGUCUUAAAAUUUAUACACCAGCAGUUUAGACAAAAGCCUUAAGCAAAUUGUAUGUUACUGAUGAUCUCACGUAAUAAGGAAGUGGACAUUACGUCCACGCCAGCAAAUGAGUGUCAAAAAGUUUUUAGAACAGAGAUAUUCAGAAGUGACCACUCGUGAGCCAGCCCCUCGUCUGUUUUUGUAUGGCCUGUGCGCUAAGAAUGGUCUCUGUGUUUCUAAGUGGUUUAAAGAUCACAUUUCAUGAUACAUGAAAGUCCUAUGAAAUUCAGAUUUGCGUGCGUGUCUAUAAAUAAAGACUCGUUGGAGCACACCCAU